AUAAAUUGCAAACAAUCAUUUAACAUUAACGUUCAUUGAACAAUACCUAGAAGACUGUAUACCUAAUAAAAGAAUUGAAUUCGUUCAUCGAACAUAUAUGUUCGUCAAACAGACGAUUCAAAAAUAGGCCCCUUGUAAAAAUUAAAAUUUGACGAUACAUUUUAUUAAUAUCAGUCGUAAAGGCAUAUCGGGUAACCGAAAUAAUGUUAGGACAUGGAAAACAUCACGUUACAGUUUCGACCCCACAUAUAAACACUGGUUUAACGACGUCCCGGAUAACGCUUGACACGUCGAAAACACUCUUAAUUUUACAUAGACUUCUGAAGGUUUGUAUACGGCCUGACGAAGAAUAAAAUAUGAUCCUUCCGAUAUAGCGGGUGACAUGUGACUAUAAAUGCGCAAUAAGACUCGCGUAAACGACUAUACAUCUCUAAUUUUUUUCCAAAUACGUAAAACAUCGCUCAGCUACCGCACGUGAGCCGUAAAGAAUAUUGAUUUUAUGGUGACAGUACGCACUGACUAAAAAAUAGAAAAACAACACCGGUGUGUGAACGCUGAGAAUACCACUCCUAAAUGUGAAGUGAGUAUUCAAUAAAAUAUACCUUUAAUUUUUCGUUUGUACAGGCCGACACAAAAACUAUGCCAGAUUAUUGGCCAGGAUUCAUCAGACUCAACGAUAUGACACAACUCCAAACACGUACAUAAUAAUAUUGGUGACGAUAGUACUGGACACGACUACUAUGACUUUCGUAGGCUAAGUGAAUCUAUUCAGAUGGCAUCUCAAUCUUCAAAACCUGGAGUAAUAAAAACGAUUAAGAAUAUGAACUUUGAUGAAAUAAUUUACAAUAUUCAUAUGAUGAAAAAGUUCCAAUUAUUGUUAUUCAUAAUAUCAAUUACGUUUUGUUUUUUUUUUAUUAUAUUUGUGUUAUUAAUUAUACCUUGCAAUUGGGCAGAUAGCAGUCUAAAAUUGGAAAUGGAUAACAGAAAAUCAUUUUGGACCGAGACGAUUUUUACUGAUAUAGAACUAAAAGGAAAGCCGAGUCUUAUUGAGUUUAAUAAAAAAUUAUUGAGGUUAGUAUUUAUAGCACGAGGAUCAAUUUUCAAUAGUCAAUCUGUACCACCUAGAACGGAACGAUUUCCAUCGGGUGGAGGUGGUUUGUUUCAAAUGGAUACUAUUACUGGCAAAGAGAUGUGGCGUAAACGCUUAGAGCCACUGCCAGAUAAAGUUGAUUGUACACUACUAAACAAACAUUACGAGGGUGAUAGUGAAGUAUUUUGCAUUGUUGUCGCUUCUAAUGGUAACCUAUUAGGAGUUGUAUCAAGUAAACAACAUAAAGGAGAACUAAUUUGGAAACAAACACGAGGGCAUCCAGAAUUAAAUACUACCAAACUUUUUAAUAAAAAUGAUAUAGUUUAUGUAGAGUUUCCUGUUAUAAUACCAGAUUGUAAUUCUGAUGGUGUUAAUGAAUUGGCUUUGGUUCAGCAAAUAAACAAUACGCCCUCAAUAACUAUCGCUUCUGGAAAAAGUGGAAGACCAAUGAUAAGUAAUAUUUAUAAUGAAAACUGUACAAAGAUAACCGAUCUUAUACUGAGCUACGACGUUUCUUUAGUAUAUAUUUGUCGAAGAAAUUCCGGAGUUGAUUCUCUGGAAAAAGUUCAAAUUAAAAGAAUAUUAAACUGCACCGGAGAUUGGAUACCAGAUUCUGUAUACCAAACCAAACGCGAACAUGAUAAAAGUGAUGAUAACAAAUAUUCAUUAACAGCUGGAAACUAUAUUUUAAAUUUAACAAAUAAAGAUAGUUCUAAAAACUGUCCAGCAGAAUGCAAUGUUUUUUUGAUAAUCAUCAACAGUUUUGGUGAUAAAAUAUGGUCUAAACAAUAUAAUCAGUCAUAUGCAAUGAAUCCUGUAUCUUUUGAACUUCGAAACAACAUAUACGGUUUCAUUGUUAAAUUAUGGAUUUUAACAAAAGAAACGAAUGAUGAAAAACGACUUUCUAGUAUCGAAAAAAUUAAACAUAUUGAAGAAAAAAUACUUAUUAUAUCAUAUAAUUCAUCGAGAAUAGAAGAUUUCCAUGUUAAAUACUUAAGUCGUAAACAGAUAAUUCAGGUAUGCGAAAAAAAUUUGAAAUGUCAACCAGAUAUCAAUUAUCAAAAACAGUCAAUGGAUGUAAUUGAUGUCAAUAAUAAUGGUUAUAGGGAUCUAAUCACAAUCAUGGUUACUUUCAGAUUGAUCAACACUCCUAGUCAGUUCAUCUUAAACGAUAAACAUUCAUUACAGUUAAUUUCAAAAGUUAAUACUUAUCCAAUCGAAAAAUUAAUUAUUCAUAACUUUGAAAUAGGUGAAUCAGCGGUAAGCUCGAGCAAAUCACCCAGGCAUCCCCGACUACAAUCUCCCAAUAUUCCACAUAAAUAUCUACAAUACUUAGAUGCUACAAAUUUAUAUGGAACAGCAAUGUUGGAACCGAUGCCACUCGGAUAUUUUGAACGAUCGAUUGUUACAUUGAAGGGAAUACUUUGAAGGGAACACAGCUGAGGAUGCUGAUUAUGGAUAUCUCUUGCAACUCGAUGUAGAAUAUCCCCAACAUUUGCACUAUUUACCCAACGAUUUACCAUUUUUUCCGGUAAACGAGAGACCACCUCUACCGUCUGUCAAAUACAACAAACUGGUGACCACGUUGUUUCGAAAACGUAAUUACGUUAUACACUAUCGAACAUUAAAACAAGCGGUAAAACACGGAGUGGUUAUCACAAAACUGCAGUCUUAAAGUUUAAACAAUCUCGAUGGUUGUCACCGUACAUCCAAAUGAAUACAGAAUUACGUAAAAAAACCUCCAACAAGUUUGAACAAGAUCUACCAAAAUACAUUAUCAAUUACAACUAUGCGCAACUUUGAAGGAUCAAUGACAGCACUUGGACGAUUGCAGGCGAGGGCUAAUGAUGGUAAAUUUAAUCUCUUUUUCUUUGGUGGUCGCGCAGCUAUUUGUUUUGGCAAUUGAUAAGGACUAUUGCUUUUGAUGGUUAAGUCUUCGGACA